GGCACAUGUCUCCAAUAUUGUUAAUCUUACAAUUUUCAGUUUAUUAGUUUAUAGAUCCAUAAAGAAAUAAAGAAUAGAAUAGCAGAAUAGAUUAAUCGAUUAUUUUGUGGUACCAUCAUAAAUCGUGAUUUAUACAGUCUACAGAGUAUAUUUUGGUGUAUAGCUUAAUAUAUAAUGCGUCUCAAGCGCCACCAAAAAGCCGAACGCAAUAUCAACUUCUAUUGCGUCAGCUUUGGCUUUCGAAAACCCUUUCAAAUACUAGUUGAUGGCACGUUUUGCAUGGCUUCAGCACAAAACAGAGUGCAAUUACGCGAAGAUAUUCCCAAGUAUUUGGGUGGCGAUGUAAAAUUUUUAACCACUCAGUGUGUUGUUCUUGAGACUGAAGCUUUGGGUACCGCUGUUCGGCCGGCUAUGCACAUUGUAAAGAAUUUUGGUAUACAUAAAUGUGGACAUGAAAAGAAACCCAUAUCCGGAGCUAGUUGCUUAACUUCAAUGACAAAAGAUAAUAUGAAAACGAGAUAUAUUAUUGCCACUCAAGACAAGUCACUGCAAAAUGCCCUUUAUGUUCUUCCCGCUGUCCCUGUUAUGUAUUUUAAUGGUUUAAGUGUCAUUUUGAAAGCACCUUCUCCAACCUCUAUUGAACAUGCCAAACAAAAGCGACAAUCUAGAUUUAAUUUAACUGAACAUGAAACCAAUGUUUUGACAAGUAUGAAAAGUUCAAUAACAACAGAGUUAAUCAGUAGUGAAGAAUUUAAAGAUUACCCUGGGGUAUUUAAAAGAGCUAAAGGACCAAAUCCACUUUCGUGCAAACCUAAAAAGAAGAAAAUUGUUGAAGAUAAUGAUAUACCCAAAGUGGAAAAUAAAAUAAAACGUAAAAGAAAUAGAGUUAAAAUACCAAAACAUGUCAAAGAAGAAUUUAAAAAAAUGAAUAAGCCAAUUUCAAUGUCAUAGGAAUAUCUCAUAAAAAUGCUAUUUCAAUAACUAUUUGUACAGUGAAAACAUUACAUUUUAAUUUUUAAGAAAUUAAAAUUUUUAAUAUUAACUUUUACUAAUCAAUUUAUUAUUAUUAUUAUUUUAUAAUAUUAUAUUGAUUAUUUGAUAUUUUUUUUAAAAUUAUUAAUAACUAAUAUAUACUUACUAAAUUGUAUUAUACUGAAUAAUAACACUGAGUCACGUUCAAUAGUUAAUACAUUAUAAUUUUAAUUUUAAAUCAAAUAUGUGGGGUUAUGUUAUGUUGACAGAAGCAGAAUAUCUUCCUCUAGUUUAUAUGAGAAUAUAGAGCAUAGUACUUACUGCUUAAGCCAUCUAAAAUGUUCAAAUAGUUUAUAUGAAUCCUGUACUAAAAUAUUUGUUAUCCCACGACAUUUUACUUCUACAUUGUGACCAUAGGAAAUAAGUUGUUGAUCUUGGUAAAAUAUAUUAUAUACUCUGUUGGUCAUCCAUUAUAA